AUGCAACAGAGGACUGUUUUAAUUAGUAUACAGCUCGGGAAAAACAGUCAGGAGCAUCAGGUGCAACAGAGGACUGUUUUAAUUAGUAUACAGCUUGGGAAAAACAGUCAGGAGCAUCAGGUGCAACAGAAUGCUGUUAAAAUUAGUAUACAGCUUGGGAAAAGCAGUCAGGAGCAUCAGAUGCAACAGAGGACUGUUUUAAUUAGUAUACAGCUCGGGAAAAACAGUCAGGAGCAUCAGGUGCAACAGAGGACUGUUUUAAUUAGUAUACAGCUUGGGAAAAACAGUCAGGAGCAUCAGGUGCAACAGAAUGCUGUUAAAAUUAGUAUACAGCUUGGGAAAAGCAGUCAGGAGCAUCAGAUGCAACAGAGGACUGUUUUAAUUAGUAUACAGCUUGGGAAAAACAGUCAGGAGCAUCAGGUGCAACAGAGGACUGUUUUAAUUAGUAUACAGCUCGGGAAAAACAGUCAAGAGCAUGAGGUGCAACAGAAGACUGUUGUAAUUAGUAUACAGCUCGGGAAAAAUAGCCAAUAG